GCCCUGCUGCCGUCGCAGCCACCGCCGGUGGCCGUCAACGCCUUGGGCCUGCCCAAGGGCGUCACGCCCGCGGGAUUUCCAAAGAAGGUCAAUAGAACUGCUCGAAUAGCUUCUGAUGAGGAGAUUCAAGGCACAAAGGAUGCUGUCAUUCAAGACCUGGAACGAAAACUUCGCUUCAAGGAGGACCUCCUGAACAACGGCCAGCCGAGGUUAACAUAUGAAGAAAGAAUGGCUCGUCGAUUACUAGGUGCUGACAGUGCAACUGUUUUUAAUCUUCAGGAGCCAGAAGAGGAAACUGCUAAUCAGGAAAUUGGGUCUCCUCAUGCUUCUGUAGGGAGUCCUCUGGAUGGUCAAAAGGAAUACAAAGUCUCCAGCUGUGAACAGAGACUCAUCAGUGAAAUCGAGUACAGGCUAGAAAGGUCCCCUGUGGAUGACUCAGGUGAUGACAUCCAACAUGGGGACGCACCUGUGGAAAAUGGAGUGGCACCGUUCUUUGAGAUGAAGCUGAAACAUUACAAGAUCUUCGAGGGAAUGCCUGUAACUUUCACAUGCAGAGUGACUGGGAAUCCAAAGCCAAAGAUCUAUUGGUUUAAAGAUGGAAAGCAGAUCUUGCCGAAGAACGAUCACUACACCAUUCAAAGAGACCCUGACGGGACGUGCUCUCUCCACACCACAGCCUCCACCCUAGAUGAUGAUGGCAAUUACACAAUUAUGGCUGCAAACCCUCAGGGCCGCACCAGUUGCACGGGACGGCUGAUGGUGCAGGCUGUCAACCAGAGAGGUCGCAGCCCCCGCUCUCCCUCGGGCCAUCCUCACGUCAGAAGGCCUCGUUCCAGAUCAAGGGACAGUGGUGAUGAAAAUGAACCAAUUCAGGAGCGGUUCUUCAGACCUCACUUCUUGCAAGCUCCCGGAGACCUAACUGUUCAAGAAGGCAAACUGUGCAGAAUGGAUUGCAAAGUCAGUGGGUUACCAACCCCAGAUCUCAGCUGGCAACUAGAUGGAAAACCAGUACGCCCCGACAGCGCUCACAAGAUGCUCGUGCGUGAGAACGGGGUGCACUCUCUGAUCAUAGAGCCCGUCACAUCGCGGGAUGCCGGCAUCUACACAUGUAUAGCCACUAACCGAGCAGGACAAAACUCAUUCAGCCUGGAGCUUGUGGUUGCUGCUAAAGAAGCACACAAACCCCCCGUGUUCCUCGAGAAGCUGCAGAACACGGGAGUUGCUGAUGGGUACCCCGUGCGACUGGAGUGCCGUGUUUCAGGCGUGCCGCCGCCUCAGAUAUUUUGGAAGAAAGAAAAUGAAUCACUCACUCACAGCACUGACCGAGUGAGCAUGCACCAGGAUAAUCAUGGCUACAUCUGCCUGCUCAUUCAGGGAGCCACAAAAGAGGAUGCUGGGUGGUAUACGGUGUCAGCCAAGAAUGAAGCGGGGAUUGUGUCCUGUACUGCCAGGCUGGACGUUUACACCCAGUGGCAUCAGCAGCCACAGAGCACCAAGCCGAAAAAAGUACGGCCCUCAGCCAGUCGCUAUGCAGCCCUUUCGGACCAGGGACUGGACAUUAAAGCAGCCUUCCAACCCGAGGCCAGCCCGUCUCACCUGACACUGAAUCCCGGCUUGGUGGAAAGUGAGGACCUGUAACCCAACUUUCAUGUUAAAGCUGAGACACUGAAACAGCCAUUGCCUUGACCAACAUACUCCUUUGUCAUAUUAUAUAAAGGGCAAAAACAUACCUUUGACUAUAAGAAAUAAACACCAAAAUAAUAUUUUUCUUACUUGAUAUACCAAACUUAGAGUUUAAGUAGGUGAUGCUAAUAGACAUGUACACGUUGCACAGAAAAUUCACAUCAUCCAACUUAAAACUUCUGGAACUUCUGUGAUGAAAGCGAUCUGAAAUGCCAAAAUGCUAACGGAAAUCAAUGGUUCAAAGGUAACCAGAAUUUGUAUUCUCAGAUGUGCCUUUAAACACCAGCUCGAGGUGCUACAUAGCAUGAUAGUGUGGGAUGCUUAACACAAGGCGGUUGUACAAUUAAUACUGAAAUGACUCUAAACUGGCAGUGUGUUCAGACGGCUACAGUGAACCCAGUGCAAUACGCGGGGGUGAGAAAGAGGAGAUGACAAAUCCAAGUAAAUGCCUUGCCUUAAAUCUUAUUAAUAUCAAGAGUUUUCUAACAAGGUUGAUAUCUUAACUUUCUUUUUCUUUAUGUGUAGUAUUUUCUUUUCAUGCUACCUUGGUAGGAAGUGUACUUACAAACCGUAUUCAAAGGCUAAUUUAAAUAUAAAUAAUAUAAAGUAUUCUGAAUAAAGCAGAACUGUAUUACAGUCCAUUCCACAAAAGACAUCCCACUCAUCCAAACGGCCAAGGCAUACAGUACUCAGAGGAAAGACGGGCCUGGAAGGAGUAGGAAGAAUGCAGGAAAUGCUACCAGCACACUUACAGUCAUGGAGAUAAAAGUAGAUGGGGCAGGAGACAUGGUAGAAGCCAGGCUUUUCUUUAGUUUUCCUCAAGAUUAAUCUAAAGUGUAGGUGGAAAAACACUGCCAUUCAAAAGUCAGGGGAGCUAGGGUCGGCUGGGAGAUUGGAGCACAUACGCUAUGGAAGUUUCAGUGUGUCUGAAGUCUGUGUGGUCGCUGAAGAGGUUAGAUGUGUCGCGCAAGUGGAAAAUGGGCCGAGACUGCAAGAUUGGCAUCAAUGAGAAACUGUGGGAGCUAGUCUGCUCGAGGGAAAUGGAUUCUUGAGAGAGACAGAAACAGAUUUGUGCCAUAAUCUGUUUUUUCCCCGAUGGCACCGCAAUAUGGUGAAUGGAAUAUACUAGUUCACUUCCAUGCUGCCAUGAAACCUUGCCUUAAGAAGGUGCUAAGUUCCGGGUAGUUGUAAAGGCAUCUCUGCAAAGACUGCUUUUUGAAUGCAUAUUGAUCCUUGCAACAGCUAGAUCGAGAGGAUUCUGACCAGACUUGAUGGCUUUAAGUCGGAACCAAUAAAUAUUAGAAAGAAAAAACAAUUUGGCCAGAUAUUAUAAGACAUGAGGUUUUAAUGGUACUUUGUUAUGAAAACACUGUAUUCCUUCUACAAAACACAUAUAUCUUUAUUUAUAAUAAAAAUGUUGAACUGUCUUAGCUCAGUUAAUUCAAUAAGUAGUAUUUUUUUUAAUAAUUUGAUAUCCGUGUACCACCCCAUAUAGUUCAUAUAACUGCUUCACAUGUACAGCUUUCUACUUUGUAAGAACACCAACCAACCAAGUUCUAAAUGAUUCAUAGGCUUGAUCGCUGGGUGGUAGAUGUUUCUUGCAGAGUGGGGCAAGUUUCUUUGACCACGCUUAUAAGCAUUGCUAAUAUGGAAUUUAGGCUACCAUACAGUCUUUCAUGGACCUAUCUAUAUUGUAGAAUUAUGACUUACGUCCUAUCUUACUUGCCAAGUUUUUCUGAAUGUGACUGCUAAUUUGCUGGGUUUGGGAUUACGUAGCAUUAUUUGCCACCUUUUAUGUUGUAUUUAUAAAAAAAGUACUAUCAUACUACUUUGGAUUGUUGUGCUGGUGUAACGUGGAUUUAACAUCAAUAAAUAUUUAACAAAUAAUA